AUGAGCAUUGGUAAGAGCAUUGCGGAUGCAGGAACCAUGACAUCUGAUUUGUCAAAAAGCAGCAGCGCCAUCAGAUCUAUUUUUGUAAUUCUGGACAGGAAAAGCAAGAUUGAUCCUGACAACCCUGAAGGCCCCGAACAAAUGAUAUUCCAAGGUCUCAGUCUCAAGAUUGAAGCUGGAAAAAUAGUGGCACUUGUAGGACAGAGCGGUUCUGGAAAAUCCACAGUUUUGGGAUUAAUUGAAAGAUUCUAUGAUCCAAUACAAGGAUCAGAUCUAAUAUACGAUUAUUUCAGGGCCUCAACUCCAAGCAUUUCAGGGCCACUGUUUUGGGAUUAA